CAUGCGUAGAUUUGAAUCGGGUAACAGACGACAAACAUCGUUAUCACAGAAUUAUCACAUAGCUAUCCAAUAUUUAUGUUAAGCAUAACGUACAGUUUAAUCUGGGUUGGAGUAGGUCAAAAUUUAGAACACUACAGUGUUCCAAUAAAAGUGGUUUAUAAGAAGAAUAUGCUUGUUAACUAGUGGUCUACAUGGACAUUGUAUAUUCAUAAGUAACUCGUAUACGGCUAAUUGAAAAAUGGGCAGUGGACCGUCGUUUCCAAUGGUGCCAUUGACACGGGAUAAAAUCAUCCUGAUCACCGGUGCGAACUCCGGCCUCGGGUACGAAAUCGCCAAGUGGUCGGCUAUGAUGGGGGCGACCGUGAUACUCGCAUGCCGCUCAGAGUCUAAAACAAGGGAGGCUAUCGCGAAAAUGAACCAGGACUUUCAAGCAGAAAAAGCUAAAGAGACAUCUAGGUUGUCCGAGAACACAACUUUAGCGCUUGAGUUUAUGCAUCUCGACCUAGAGUCGUUCGAAUCGGUGACGAACUUCUGCGAAGCAUACAAGAAAAGCGGUCGAAAACUCCACGUGCUGUUCUGCAACGCCGGUUUGGGGUGGAUUCCGUAUCAAAAAACAGCAGACGGCAUGGAAAUGUUGCUCCAGGUGAACUAUCUCAGUCACUUUGUAAUGAUCGCCAAAUUGCUUGGCGUCAUGCAACAGUCCGGACCCGACUGUAGAAUUCUGCUUAUGGCUAGCGUCGCACACGAAUGGGGUACGUUCGAUUUAAAGACCAUAAACUAUUCCGGACCACCUAGCGAUUUUUCCAGCAGGAAUUAUUACGGCAGAUCCAAACUUUACCAAAUCAUGCAAGCCGCCGCAAUGGGUCGCAGGAUUUGCGGUUCCAAUGUUACUAUAAAUAGCGUCCAUCCGGGCAUUGUCGACACUCAAUUUUAUCGUGACUGGGACACAGGGAUAAGGAAAUGUAUACUGUGCCUUAUGCAGUGUUCUGGGAAGGCUAUAUCGCCAUUUCAAGGUGCCAAAUGUUCAAUCGACCUCACGGUUAACCCCAGACACGCCGGAGUGAACGGACUCUAUUGGGUGGAUUGUAAAAUCGUCACACCGAGCAGCGACGCGCGAAACAAGCAAAAGCAGGAGGAAUUGUGGGAAACUACAAUCGGCUUAGUUCGGCAAUAUUUGACGGAAGGAGAGUUGAAGAGAAUCAAUGGCGAAAUUAAGUGAUUUCAUCUGCGUACACGCAUUGAUUUCAACUCAAUAGCAUAAAAAAAUAAAAAAAUAAAAUAUUA